AGUAAUCCGAGGAAACUGGCCGGAAGUAGCCGGAAGAAACCCAGCCGCCAUAACUGGAGUGUUGCGCGUAUUUUCAUCAGUUCGUGUGUGUCUUGUCCGCGGAAUUAGCCCUUUUACAUUAUACUUUCUACUUUUUUCACGAUGUCGAGUGGGAAUACAUGUUCUGUAAUCAACUGCACCAACAGUGGUGUUAAAAUCCAGAUUUGGAAGAAAAAAGAAUGCGAAAUACACAAGCCUUUGCAACACCAAGAGUGUCCCUGCCUGUUGCCUUACAGUCUGCACCGAUUUCCUGGGCGCUCAGAGGAUCGAGAAGUUCGCCAAACGUGGGUGAAAAACAUCAACAGAAAGGACUUUGUUCCAAACGAUAACAGUAGGGUAUGUGGAAUACACUUCCUUGAUGGCAGACCAACCAAAGCGCACCCCUACCCAGUAUUGCACAUGGGAUAUGAACAUAACGGGAUUGUAUCCUCUGCCCGUGCCCCACCCAAAAGGAGAUGCCUUCAGCCUCUCACAGUCAACACCUCAAAGGUCAACUGCUGUGCUACUGAACCUGCAGAUAUAGAAGUGGAUCUCAAUAAUCAGGAGAAUAUGCCUCCACAGAAGUGUGACGUUGGCGUCCAGUGGCCAGACCACACAGACCACGACUACUCUUCAAAGAAAUCUACAAAAGACAGUGCAACACAAACUGAUCCUGCACCAUCAGUCUCAGCUUAUGACCUGGAUGACAAAGACUGCAGGUUUUUCACAGGCAUAGGUAUUGCUAGUUUUUGGCAGCUUUUGUGUGCCGUCACAGCUUUUCAGCCACAGAUUAAGUCCUUCAAGUUGGCAGUGCAUGAACAAUUGUUACUUGUUUAA